AUGCUACGCACAUGCGUGCGUUUGGGUCUGUUCCAAAACAUCGCCAAAACGCUGCGAAUCGGCAAUGCAAAGUACAUUGUAGGUCACGACCUCGCUGGCAACUCGUAUCUCGAACUACCCUCCUUAUCCGGCUCGACUGAUCCACGACACACACGCCGAUCCAUCCAAUGGGCCGAGAAGCGCGAGCUGGGAGACUACGAUCAGCGAUCCAUUCCCGUGCAGUGGGUCAUGUGGCUGCGUCACACGCGACGCCAAGCUCCCACCAUCGAAGAACUCGUUCAAGACCGCCAACGUAUCGAGCUCACCCAGGCCAACGCAGCCAGACUCGCACUCGAGUACCAGCAGAGCAAAGAGCGAGAGCAGCAGUUGAGAGCGCAGCAAAACUCGCUCCACCUCCAAUCUGGUGCGCCUACACUGUCCACCUCGGCCGUCAUCGACGAGACGCUCGACGAGCACACCGACACCAGACUAGCCCAACAAGCGCAGGAGUCCCACGCAAGCUUUGAACCCCAACGCACUCCCGAUCAAGACGUCUGGGCCGCGAGUCGAGCGAGGCUGGCUGCCAAAGCUCAACUCGAUGCCUCCCUGCACGAGCCACUUCCAACAUCAGCCGAAGCGCAACAGCUCCCCGAAACGCUUCAAAACGCAAUCGACCGCAGAGUUGCGAUAAGAGCAGGCAGAGACGAACAGGAAGCAGAGAGACAAAGGGCUCGCAGAGAAAUGUCCAAGUCGCCACUGGAUGCGUUUGUGCCCAUGCCAAAACCACGCAGCUGA